AUGAUGUCUGCGGAAAAGCGUCCUGCGGUGGACUCUUUUCGAUCUACCCAGCUGGUCAAACGGCCGAGGUCAGAUUCAAAUCUGGGCGAUGGAAGGGCGGUCGCUGUUGUAAAUAAUUCGGCACAGAAUGGAGCUCUUAUACAAGCAAUCCCGCGCACGAGUGGUCUUGAGGCGCCUAUCAUGGAGCUUACAGGUCACUCGGGAGAGAUUUUUGCUACAAGGUUCGAUCCGACGGGUCGGAAUAUUGCGUCAGGUUCGAUGGAUAGGUCGAUAAUGCUAUGGCGAACAUAUGGACAAUGCGACAACUACGGCGUAAUCACUGGGCACAAGGGAGCAGUUCUAGAUUUACACUGGUCACGAGAUUCGAAAAUCAUUUUCACGGCAUCCGCAGACAUGACCCUUGCCAGUUGGGAUGCCGAAUCUGGGCAAAGAAUACGUCGACACGCCGGACACGAGGAGAUCAUCAAUUGCCUCGACGUCAGCAGAAGGGGCCAAGAAUUGCUAAUAAGUGGCAGCGACGACGGGUGCGUGGGAAUAUGGGACCCGCGACAAAAGGACGCGAUUGACUUUUUGGAGUCUGAGAUGCCUGUCACGGCCGUCGCGCUGGCAGAGGCCGGCAACGAGAUUUACAGCGGCGGCAUUGAUAAUGACAUCCAUGUCUGGGAUAUAAGAAAAUGCGCCAUUACAUAUUCCAUGGUGGGUCACACGGAUACGAUCUCCUCGCUCCAGAUCUCGCCGGAUUCGCAAACGCUUCUUUCCAAUUCGCAUGAUUCGACCGUGCGCACAUGGGAUAUCCGGCCUUUCGCGCCGGUUGAUAGACAUAUCAAGACCUUCGAUGGCGCGCCAGUUGGGUUGGAGAAGAAUCUGAUCCGAGCCAGUUGGAAUCCAACUGGGGAGAGGAUUGCGGCUGGCAGCGGUGACAGAAGCGUUGUCGUAUGGGAUGUGAAGUCGGGCAAGUUGCUCUAUAAACUGCCGGGUCAUAAGGGCACUGUGAAUGACGUGCGAUUUUCACCUAGCGAGGAACCAAUAAUUGUUUCCGGCUCCUCUGAUAGAAAUCUCAUGCUUGGAGAACUAGGGAAGUAA